AUGGAUUUGGGGGGUACCUCGGAUCCGUAUGUGAAGGUUUAUUUAUUGCCGGACAAGAAAAAGAAAUUCCAGACAAAGGUGCAAAGGAAAUCGCUGAACCCCGUCUUCAACGAGUCCUUUACAUUCAAGGCAAGUCGCAAAAAUCUAAACAAAAUUCAGAUUUUAAGAAUAGAAUUUGAAGAUUAAAAUUUACUAGGUAUUUUCGAAUAUUCAAAUUUUAAAUUAUCCGUAUUUUAGGUGCCAUUUAGCGAGAUUGGCGGGCAAACUUUGGUUCUAAAUGUGUUCGAUUUUGAUCGAUUUGGAAAGCAUGAUCAGGUAAUUUUCGGAUAAAAGAUAACGUUUAAUUGUAAUUUUUAGAUAGGCCAAGUCUCGAUCCCCUUAGGCAAAAUAGAUUUGGCAGUCACAAUAGAGAAAAGGGCUCAGAUUGAAGCGCCUCCGGUAAGUGUAGCAUCAGGUGUGAAACGCUUUAGGAAAACCGACUGGGCGAAGUUUGCUUGGCCUUGAGAUAUGUCCCGAAUAAAAAUAAAUUAACGGUGGUCGUCAUGGAAUGCAAAAACCUCAAGAAAAUGGAUGUCCUCGGUCUUUCAGGUCAGUUUUUAUAUUCUAGUAGACAGAGGUGAUGACUUUUUGAAUUUUAAGCAACAAAAUUCUAGAUCCUUAUGUAAAAGUGUAUUUGAUGGCUCAAAAUAAGAGAUUGGAGAAGAAGAAGACGACCAUCAAGAUGAAAACUCUCAAUCCGUAUUAUAAUGAGAGCUUCAGUUAUGACGUCACACCCGAGAAAAUGCAGGUAUGCAAAUUUUGAAUCUAAGAAACGUAGGAAAAUUUAUUUAUAAAAUUUAGCAAUUGAGAUCGAGAUUUUUAAAGACAUCCGAGACGUUUUCCCGGCAAAAUUCACAAAAAUAGGGCCAAGAUUUGGAUUAUUGCCUAAUCGUUUUAGAAGGCUGCCGUUUGCAAAAUUUUGAUGAUUUACGGAUAAUUGAAGCCUAUCUUCCAAUUUUUCCCACCUUACAAGUAAAUUGGCAAAAUCCAUUUUCAGCGAGUCCAUUUGCACGUGAUUGUCUCUGACUACGACCGAGUGGGAUCGAACGAAAGGAUAGGCCAAGUGAUGAUCGGGGCCUCGGCUACCGGAGCCGGCCUCAAACAUUGGACCGAUAUGCUGGCCACUCCCCGUCGUUCCGUGGCCAUGUGGCACACUCUCCAGCCAUUCAACGACGACUGA